AUGUGGCUGCUCCAGGUUCUGUUCCUUCUCAUCGUCCAAGGCCACUUCUCCACCUGCCAAGAGAGAAUGGUGAGAGGCACAGCAAUUGGUACAUUGACCGUGUCCUGUAAGUAUAGCCCAGGAUGGGAAUUCUACAAGAAAUGGUUGUGUCGUGGGAAGAACUGGAGUUCCUGCAAAAUCCUUGUUAAAACCACCGGGUCAGAGCAACUGGUGAAGAAGGGCCGAGUGUCCAUCCAGGACAAUCACAGCCGACAUAUGUUCACCAUGACCUUGGAAGAUCUCUGGUAUGACGAUGCAGAUACCUACUGGUGUGGGAUUGAGCGAACCGACGAUGACCUGGGGUACAAAUUUUCCCUGAUUGUCGACCCAGCCCCUGAUCCAACAGACUCUCCCAAGCCUGUAGCAAGAACGCCAGCCGGUCGAGCUUCCUCUCCUCCUUUUACCCAGGGCAUCAACAGCAGCCAGCCUAUUGUUCUGAUCAACCCCCACAGCAGGUCAGGGACCCUGGCCAUCAAUGGAGCAGCAGAGAAUCUUCCUGUGUGGAUCCUCCUGGUACCUCCUCUCCUUGCAACCCUGGAGUGGCUCUGCCAAGGAUAAAUGACUAUUACAUCAUUCAAGACUCUGGCCAAUGAUGGGUUUUCAAGUUCCAUACCAACCAGUAAGUAGAAAACCUCAACUAAACCAAAAAGUUCCAGAAUGUGUCCACAUGGACAAAGAUCCCUGAUGGGCCAGCUGUACAGAGGUCCACCGAUUCCACCUUCUGCUGCAUCAGUGCCUCCUGGGAAAGAAUUGUCUGAGCACAAAAGAUUGAAGGCAGGGUUGGACCAUCACCUGACCCACAUCCUAUCUGUUUGCACCAUACACUUCCUAUUAAAAUCUAUUUCCUAUUAAAUACAUUGACAUCCUAUAAAAUACAUUUCUUAUUAAAGUCUUUCCUGCA